CUCCCUCCGUCCCUCCCUCCGUCCCUCCCGCAGCAGCGGGCAUGGUGUGCUGCAGAGCCGCGGGUCAGGCGCCCGCAGCCUCCGCCGCUUCUCCUCCACCCUGAGAUCCCCGGGGGAAUAAAAAAAAAGGGAGGAGAAAAGGUUUUUCCGCAGCUCCCGGGCACAGCGGCGUUGGAGCAGCUCCCGGGAUCAAGCAGGGAUCAGGCCAGGGCGUGAUGGAGCUGCGGCGCGGGAGGAGGAUGCCGAGGGACCAGCUCCCCGCUCGCCUCCUCCUCCUCCUGCUCCUCGCCGUGGCCUGGCUCUGGCUGCCGGCGGAGGGGCGGCGGCCUCCCCGGCCUCCCCCUUGCCCCCCGACCUGCUCCUGCACUCGGGACACGGCAUUUUGCGUGGACUCCAAGGCCGUGCCCAAAAACCUGCCCCCCGAGGUCAUCUCGCUGACCAUGGUGAACGCGGCCUUCACGGAGAUCCGGGAGGCGGCUUUCGCCCACAUCCCCUCCCUGCAGUUCCUCCUCCUCAACUCCAACAAGUUCACGCUGAUCGGGGACAACGCCUUCGCCGGGCUCUCGCACCUGCAGUACCUGUUCAUUGAGAACAACGACAUCCAGGCGCUUUCCAAAGCCACUUUCCGCGGGCUCAAGUCCCUGACACACCUGUCCUUGGCCAACAACAACCUGCAGACGCUGCCACGAGACCUCUUCAAGCCGCUGGACAUCCUGAGUGACCUGGACCUCCGUGGCAACACGCUGGCCUGUGACUGCAAGAUCAAGUGGCUGGUGGAGUGGCUGGAGAGCACCAACACCACGGUCCCCGCCGUCUUCUGCAGCAGCCCCGGGCAGUUCGAGGGACAGCGGAUCCGGGACCUGGCGCUCGGUGACUUCCAGUGCAUCACCACGGAUUUCGUGAUGCACCAGGUGCUGCCCUUCCAGGCGGUGUCGGCCGAGCCCUUCACCUACGCCAGUGACCUGUACGUGGCCCUGGCACAGCCCAGCGCCAGCAGCUGCUCCAUCCUCAAGUGGGACUACGUGGAGCGCAAACUCCGCGACUUCGACCGCAUCCCCGCUCACUCGGCGGUGCACUGCAAGCCCAUCGUGGCGCAGGAGCAGCUCUACGUGGUGGUGGCGCAGCUCUUUGGUGGCUCCUACAUCUACCGCUGGGACACGGCCGUGGACAAGUUCAUCAAGAUCCAGGACAUCGACAGCCAGAAGAUCCGCAAGCCCAACGACAUCGAGGCCUUCCAGAUCGAGGGCGACUGGUACUUCGUCAUCGCCGACAGCUCCAAGGCGGGCUCCACCAGCCUCUACCGCCUCAACCAGAACGGCUUCUACUCCCACCAAGCCCUCCACGCCUGGCACCGCGACACCGACGUGGAAUACGUGGAGAACGACGGCAAACCCCGGCUGAUCAUCUCCAGCAGCUCCCAGGCCCCCGUCAUCUACCAGUGGAGCCGGGCGCAGAAGCAAUUCGUGCCGCAGGGCGAGGUGGGCGAGAUGCUGGACGUGCAGAUGGUCAAGCACUUCAGGGCCAAGCGGGAGCAGUUCCUCUGCCUCAGCCGCUACAUCGGCGACUCCAAGGUGGUGCGCUGGGAGGGGCAGCGCUUCGUGGAGGUGCAGACGCUGCCGUCCCGCGGCUCCAUGGUGAUGCAGCCCUUCGCCGUGGGCCAGCGGCAGUACCUGGCGCUGGGCAGCGACUUCUCCUUCACCCACGUGUACCUGUGGGAAGAGGAGAAGCAGAAGUUCGCCAAGUUCCAGGAGCUGUCGGUGCAGGCGCCGCGGGCGUUCCGGGCGGUGCCGGCGGCCGACGUGCAGCUGCUGCUGGCGCCCAGCUUCAAGGCCAACACGCUGGUGUACCGGCACGUGGUGGUGGACCUCAGCCUGUAGCUGGCACCCGGAGAGCCACCGGACAUGCAUGUGCCCGCCACCCCUUGCCCCACCCCCUGUGCCAGCCCUCCACCUUCACCCAGCCCCACGGUGCCUCAGUUUCCCCACGGUGCUCCCGGUUUCACCCUGUGGGAUGCGGGGAG